AGCUGCAGCCGCGGCCAAUAGGCGAGAGACUUCUUGUUUCCUGGCAGAGCGGGGUCCCGGCACCGCGGCGCUCGGGUGUUUUUGGGGACCCGGGUGGAGGGCCCGGGUGCUGGGGCCCGAGGUGCGGCCUCGCUAGCGGGAGAGGGAGCGGGAUCACCGGCCCGGAGAGAGCUCUCAGGGCCAGAGCGGGGCAAGAGGAUGCUUUCCCAGCCCCACCAUGGAGCUGCGCUGUGGGGGAUUGCUGUUCAGUUCUCGCUUUGAUUCAGGGAAUCUAGCCCACGUGGAGAAGGUGAAAUCUUUGUCCAGUGAUGGGAAAGGGGUAGGAGGUGGGGCGUCAGCCCUGACCAGUGGCAUUGCCUCUUCCCCUGACUAUGAAUUCAAUGUGUGGACCCGACCAGACUGUGCUGAAACGGAAUUUGAGAAUGGGAACAGGUCAUGGUUCUACUUCAGCGUCCGGGGAGGAACACCAGGAAAACUCAUCAAGAUCAACAUUAUGAACAUGAACAAGCAGAGCAAGCUGUAUUCCCAGGGCAUGGCCCCCUUUGUGCGCACACUGCCCACCCGGCCACGCUGGGAACGCAUUCGAGACCGGCCUACCUUUGAGAUGACAGAGACACAGUUUGUGUUAUCCUUUGUUCACCGUUUCCUGGAGGGCCGUGGGGCCACCACCUUCUUCGCCUUCUGCUACCCCUUCUCCUACAGUGACUGCCAGGAUUUGCUAAACCAGCUAGACCAGCGCUUUCCGGAAAACCACCCCACCCAUAGCAGCCCCCUGGAUACCAUCUAUUACCAUCGGGAGCUCCUUUGCUAUUCACUGGAUGGACUUCGUGUAGAUCUGCUGACGAUCACUUCCUGCCAUGGCCUUCGAGAAGAUCGAGAGCCCCGUCUAGAGCAGCUAUUUCCUGAUACCAGCACCCCUCGACCAUUCCGUUUCGCAGGCAAGAGAAUAUUCUUCUUAAGCAGUAGAGUACACCCAGGGGAGACUCCAUCUAGCUUUGUCUUCAAUGGCUUUCUGGACUUCAUCCUCCGACCUGAUGAUCCCCGGGCCCAAACCCUACGUCGCCUCUUCGUCUUUAAGCUGAUUCCCAUGUUGAACCCUGAUGGUGUCGUUCGGGGACACUACCGCACAGACUCACGUGGAGUGAAUCUGAACCGUCAGUACCUGAAGCCUGAUGCCAUCCUGCACCCGGCCAUCUAUGGGGCCAAAGCUGUGCUUCUCUACCACCAUGUGCACUCUCGUCUGAACUCCCAGAGUUCCUCUGAGCACCAGCCCAGUCCCUGUCUCCCUCCUGAUGCUCCUGUUUCUGACCUGGAGAAAGCCAACAAUCUCCAAAAUGAAGCUCAGUGUGGGCACUCAGCUGACAUGGAUAACGCUGAAGCCUGGAAACAAACAGAGCCAGCAGAACAGAAGCUCAACAGUGUGUGGGUUAUGCCACAACAGUCUGCAGCGCUUGAAGAGCUAGCCCCUGACACCAUCCCCCCCAAAGAGAGUGGCGUUGCUUACUAUGUGGACCUGCAUGGACAUGCUUCCAAAAGGGGCUGCUUCAUGUACGGAAACAGCUUUAGUGAUGAGAGCACCCAGGUGGAAAACAUGCUGUAUCCAAAGCUCAUCUCCUUGAACUCAGCCCACUUCGACUUCCAGGGCUGCAAUUUCUCAGAGAAGAAUAUGUAUGCCCGAGACCGUAGAGAUGGCCAGUCUAAAGAGGGAAGCGGCCGUGUUGCAAUCUACAAAGCCUCAGGGAUAAUCCACAGCUACACACUUGAAUGCAACUACAACACUGGACGCUCAGUAAACAGCAUCCCUGCUGCCUGCCAUGACAAUGGGCGUGCCAGCCCCCCUCCCCCGCCGGCUUUCCCCUACAGAUACACUGUGGAACUAUUUGAGCAGGUGGGACGAGCUAUGGCCAUCGCAGCUCUGGACAUGGCGGAAUGUAAUCCAUGGCCCCGAAUUGUACUGUCAGAGCACAGCAGCCUUACUAAUCUACGGGCCUGGAUGCUGAAACAUGUACGCAACAGCCGAGGCCUAAGCAGCACUCUGAAUGUGGGUGUCAGCAAGAAGAGGGGCCCUCGAACUCCACCCAAAAGUCACAAUGGGUUGCCUGUUUCCUGCUCCGAAAACACCUUGAGCCGGGCACGAAGUUUUAGCACUGGCACAAGUGCUGGUGGUAGCAGCAGCAGCCAACAAAAUUCUCCACAGAUGAAGAAUUCCCCCAGCUUUCCUUUUCAUGGCAGUCGGCCUGCAGGGCUGCCAGGCCUGGGCUCUAGUACCCAAAAGGUCACCCACCGGGUGCUGGGCCCCGUCAGAGAGGACAUAAAUCAGGUCUGUGAUUGUCCCAGGGAUUCACUGAGAUCUGGAGUGCUACAUCAAAGGACAGUUCCAAAGAUGUUCAGGGAGGAUGACACACAGGGUCUUGGCACAAGUCAAAUAACUGCUGCUGUAAAUGAGCCCCGAAGCCAGGACAGGAGAUGGCGGCAGCAGCCACUGACCCAUCGUCCUGCAGGCAGCCUUGCUCCGUCCCCAGCUCCUACUAGUUCUGGCCCAGCCUCCUCACACAAGCUGGGCUCCUGUCUACUGCCUGAUUCACUCAACAUACCAGGGAGCGGCUGCUCACUCUUGUUCUCCGGGGACAAACCAGAGGCUGUCAUGGUAAUCGAGAAAGGUCUGCUAGGGACUGGAGCUCGGAUGCCCUGCAUCAAGACUCGAUUGCAGACCUGCCCGAGGAGAGUUUCCGCCAGGAGGGGUCCCGGAUUCCCCAGGCUAGGCCCAGGUUGGGCCGGGGCUCACCGCCGACUCGCAGAGGGAUGAAAGGCUCUUCAGGCCCCACAUCCCCUACCCCCCGGACCAGGGAGAGCAGUGAGCUGUAGCCGGGACCCUGCUCUGCUAAACCAGGGCUGCCUCAGGCCAGGCCCCCACGGCCCCGCUCUGCCCCUGCCUUUUCUCCUAUAUCCUGUAGUCUGUCUGACUCCCCAUCCUGGAAUUGUUACAGCGGGGGUCCCUUGGGCCAACCUGAGGUUUGUUUUGUCCCUAAAUCUCCCCCACUCACUAUUUCUCCCUGGGUCUGAUAAUGCCUUUAUGUUGAAGCCCAAGAUAUAGCCCCAAGAUGGGGUAACACGUGGGAAAUAUGCUAGUUCCCCUCCAGGCCGCUGAUUCCAUGUGACAGCCGUUAAGUCCUUGGAAUGCCAGCCAAGCUGUCCAAAGCAUUAAAGAGCAGCACCUUGAGACAGAGCAAAACAGAGACCUGCCACCCCUUCCUUCCCUCCACAGCACAAGAUUUUGGGACCACAAAAAAAAUCUAUAUUUUUAUAUUGGGGGGAGGGAGUAGAAAAGCAAGCCCCUAUGCUGGGCCCUAUUCAGUGGCAGCUUCUUGUUCCAUAGGAUUAAGGAAGACUUUGAGGAAAUAAAAGUUGUUUGGAAAAAUC